UAUGGGUAAUACCAGUAUUAACCGUGGGUAUUACCAUACAAUAUAUUAAUAUAAUAUAAAAAUAUUUUUUAAGUCUUGGUAAUUAUUAUCUGUGAUUAUAAUUUAUAAUAUAUAAGUUUUAAUUCAGAUCUCGGUGGCUGAAUUUUUUUUUAAUACAUUAUCCAUUUACUAACACCUAACAAAGUUUAAAUGUAUUAAAAUGGAAAAUGAACUAGAAAAUAUACUUGAAACCAGCAUAACAAAAUUGAAUAUACGUAUAAACGAAGGCUGUAUUAAUAAUAGUUCAGUUUAUCAAACAGAAGAGAAUAAAUUAUUGUUUGUUAAAGACAACUCAAAACCAGGGUCCGAUAAGAUGUUCAAUGGUGAAUUAGAAGGCCUUAAAGCAAUAUGUAGUACAAAUACAAUUUCAGCUCCUUGUCCAAUUGCCACUGGUUGCACAAAUAGUGGUCAACAUUUUAUUGUGAUGGACUAUUGGAAAAUGAGUUCUUUGAAUAAGAAAUGUUCAUCAGAAUUAGGUAGUCAAUUAGCAGAUAUGCAUAUGUUUAAUUUACAAGAUGGUCAACCACAUAUAAACAAAUUUGGAUUUCAUGUUGAAACGUGUUGUGGAUUUUUACCUCAAAAUAAUACAUGGACUGAUGAUUGGAUUACAUUCUAUACAGAAAAUCGUUUGGAGUAUCAAAUACAGUUGCUGCAAUCAAAUCCUGGAAACAAUUUGAAAAAAAAAAAAAUAAUUGAAAAUUAUUGGCCUCAACUGAAACAAAUAAUUCCAAAAUUCUUUGAGAGGAUAGAAGUUAAGCCAUCAUUACUUCAUGGAGACUUGUGGCCAGGAAAUACUGCUCAAUCAAAUUCAAAACCAGUGAUUUUUGAUCCAGCUACAUUUUAUGGGCAUCAUGAAUAUGAUAUUGCUUCCAUUUCACUAUUUGGAGGUACUUCUAUGGAUUUUUUUGAAGCGUAUUUUAAAAAAAUACCAAAGUCUAAUGGAUUUGAAAAUAGAAAGUUAUUAUAUCAUUUGUUUCAUUAUUUAAAUCAUUGGAAUCAUUUUGGAGGAAGUUACGUUGACUUAACAAUAAACACCUUCGAAUCAUUGCUUAAUGUUUAUUAAUAGUUUGAUUUUAAUGUAUUUAUUAAGUCUUAUGGAAUCUAUUUUUUGUAAAACACAAUUAUCAGAUACCUAAUAAAGUAAUAAUAUUGAAAUAAA